AUGAGUCUAUCAGAUAUCGGAGCGAAGUCGAUUGGUCCUGAAGAAUUAGCUAUUGUUGGGUUGAUGGAAGCAAUCUUUCAACUGGCUGAUAGUGGCACUCUAUUUGUUAACAGAAUCGACAAGUUGCGAUCGAAAACGACGGUUCCAGGUGUCUUUCCAGGCCUGAAUGCUCUUGUUCCAGUGAAAGAAAAGGUCAGCUGGCUAGUAGGCAUAAUCAAAAGACAUGUCGAAAAGGAAACAAUACAACAUGCCAAUGCAGAGAGUCGGCAAUCGGUUUCAAGUAUCAUCAAAAUCUGUACAUUUCAGUUGAAAUACUUGAGCAAUCGAAUAUUCGUAGCAACAGGGUCACCAAUUUCUCAGAAGACCGCAUUUCUGUCACUGUUUGGUAAGAAAAAGGAUAUUUUGGAGCGAGUAAACUUCAUCAACAUCCAAGCGAAAGAUCUAACUCGCCUACUUGACUAUCUCAACAACGUUCGCCCAACCCCUCGACCGGGACCAUCGAUCUCAAACCCCCCAACAAGCUUGGUGCCAAGAGUCCCAUGCAAUGACUUUGUGGGAAGAGAUAAGAUGUUGGAAGCGUUACAAAGAAAGAUGAACACAACAGGUCAGGUCGCUCUAGAUGGCCCUCCUGGGAUUGGUAAGUCGGAGAUAUGUCUUCAAUAUGCUCGGAAACUCCAAGACAAAGCUUUAAUGAAAUGGAUAUUCUGGAUCGACGGCAAAGACCCGACUGGCUCUUUUGCAACGAUUGCCAGAUAUCUCGGUCUUGAUCUUUCUAACCAAGAAAGCCCUGCCAACGCUGUACUCCAAUGGAUAACCAAGUCCAAGGAUGAGUCACUCAUAAUCGUAGAUGAUGUUGAUGACGUAGAUUCUACGGAACAGUCAUACUAUACCUCAAAAAGACUCUUAGCAGCACUCAAUGAGUCGCCCAGUGAAGUUUCCAAGCGAAAUAUCUCAAAAGCCUUUGGUUUUGCGGUUACAACUCUUUCUCCUUUGCAACUCAAAAGUAUCUACCCACUAGGAACAAUGGAAAUUACACCUCGAAAUCGCCGCGGAAACCUCCUGAUCUCGUCAAAAGCGCUUAUUGCACAAAAUAACACAAUGGAAAAGAAGAACUUGCCUGUGGACAGGGUGCCUUCUUUGCAUGUCUCAGAAGCCACAAAACUUUUAAAAGAGUUGAUUCCAAAGCCGUUGCUCUCUUCCGACAGUGACUAUGAUGAUAUAAGAAAACUAGUCGGUUGUUUGCCAGGGCACCUCAAACAUGCAGCAAAGUAUAUUGAAGACACCGGCAUAACAACUGCACAAUAUAUUUCCGGCUACAAAACACACCAAACGCUUGAAAGUAAAAACUGCCAUACAUCCACAAGCUCUGACGACGAUAUUCAAAUUGCAGCGAUACGAAUCUCCAAAACAUUUUCCAACAAUGAAAUGUUCAGAUCACUUCUGAAAAUAUUACGCAGUGUACACCUUAAAAACGACCAGAUUAUCAAAUCUAUCGAUGUCCAACUUCUACAGUAUUCUUCUGACCUAGAGCGCAUCUGGUCUGAGCGGACAGCUCAGGGUAUUGAGCCCGAGAAUACUCUACCUGCUUUCAUAAAAGAGCAUCACAAAAGACUAUCAUGCUUAAUAGUUCCGAGGGAUCCUGUCGAACCAACGGAUUGUUUUUCGUUCGCGCCUCGCCGUCUCUCUUCAAUUAACUCUUCAGAUUCCGGGGUCUCGCUAAGAUCUUCGUUUUCAUUAAGGGGACUUACCGAGAGGAAUUCAAGGCAGAACAGUAUUAGUGAACAAGAGAAACAGAUGCUCGCUUCUAAAGUAACUUUGACCGAGAUGGUCCGGAAUGCAACAACAGAUGAAUCCAAAAACCUCGAGAGAUUCUAUUUCGACGAAGAGAUCUUUGGUUGGUUUCUGAUCAAUGUGCUCCAUGAUCUAGAUACCAUUCAUCAAAUUGAAAACGACCCCCCGCUAUUUCAUCAAGCGGGACCUAUAUCAGAGCUAGCAUCCUUAGCAACCAAGGCUUGGAGAUCAUCCCGUGGAACUACUACCGUUACAUACAAUGUGGAAUGGGAGCUUCUCCAAGUAUUGGAUCGCGAUUUUUCUCCUGAACAACACUUAUCCACUAUCAUUGCAAUAAGCGGGAAUGCUGACCUUGCCGAGGCUAUCUCCUGUGGAGAAUACAUUUCAACAUUUUGGAAACAUGGGGCUCAUUUGCUAGACGCAUUAAGUGGACCCAAAUGUCAGUGGGGUCGCUAUGAAAGUACAAAAAUCAAUGAUAGUAUUAAAGUUCAUAUAUUUGAGACAGAAUCUCUACCUGACAAGCCACAUACACUCAAAGUGACUGUUGAAGGCCCGGAAGAAGUCCAAUCGGAUAUCGCUCAAACGCUAGCAUGGUUGGCAGCAGCCGUUAGAUCAUCGAACCUCACGAAGUUACAUGAAUCUCGGGCGUCUAUGGAAUUUUACCUCGAUGACGGUGGUUUAAACUGUGAAGUUAAAUCUCUUCCGCUGACACCUUUGGUCAACUUCUGCAAAUACAGCUCUUGUUGGCAUGCUCUUUUUACCAACAGCGUUAUUGCAAUCGACUAUCCACCAUCCAAGCCAAGAGGGUCGGGCAAAGGACUAGAUAUUUCAGUUGAGCUUUUGAUAGCUCUUGCAAGGACAACAAUUAUUACCGAACUUUACAAAGGUUUCAUUAUCCAAGGCUAUCAAUUCAUUUUAAUUCCUGUUAAGGAGCUCAUUACGGAGAGAGCCGAAGCCAGUUGCCCCAAUGCCACAGUUCAAUGGCACCUCAUCGAUACUCGGUCUUCUGAUGUGUCGUCUGCAUCAUUGCCCAAUAAGGUAGACAGCAGGGUACGAUCAGUGGCCAAAAACGACGAGACACUCAGAAGCUUCAUUGGACCUGGUAAUCGAGCAUUCCUAGGCUGGUGUGGCAAAAUUAAUAUUCAUGUGGGUACAGAUACAAGGACUGUUCAAAAUGGAGCUGUAAAACUUCAGGCACCGGUAACAGAUGGACCGUGUGGUUGUGCACUCCCUUAUAGAGAUCCCCGACAGCGAAUCUUGCAAUCCACCGCAAGAGAUGCCGGAAGAGCGAGAACGAUCACAGCUGUUUCCGCAACUGCAAGUGGCGGAGGACACGGCGCCACGGGGGGUGCAGGAGCGACUUUAGGAAUCGGUGAGAGUCGCGAAGCUGCUGUAGUAGGUAGAUUUGGUUCACUGAAGGAAACAUUACAAACUAGAUCAAAGGAGAAUAUUGUCCUCUACGAUACGGCGACGCGGCGUGCAUGGAUGGUUCCAUACCUCAAUGUCUUACUACAUUUGGUACAUCUCAGGGAACGUGCAACCACUCCCCAUCGCGAGCAUUCGAUGAUCAAUAUGCCAUUCGCCGCUCAGCAUGCGGGCGGGGCAAGCAGUUCCGACGGCCCUGCUUGGGAUGCAAUUCAGCCCUAUCUUGAUCUACUCGAUACCGAAAACUUUAACAAGAACAGACUCAGUCGUUUAAAAGCUCACUUUACAGAGAAGGAGCUUAGGCUCAAAAACGCUUUGAGAUUCGCUGAUCAUUUGGAAUAUUUGAUAACUGUGAUCGACGCGGCAUUAGCAAAGAACGUUGCAUGGCGAAGCAAGGAGAUGUCAAUUUUUCAUCACUCUAAAAUCUACGGAUUUGAAAUGGAAGAAUUGUCCUAUGCUGCCUCGCUUGGGUACAAAGAACAGAAGCUACAUCAUACUUCCGGAGGUUGGGCAAAAAUGAGACGAAAUAGAGAGCAAGUGUUCUUUUGUUCAGGAAUUGGGGAUCUUAUUACACCAGAAUCAGAUUGUAAACUCUGUUCAAAAUGCCAAUCAGUUCCAACGAAUAUGGACUAUCUGGUGGCACCAGUAAGUUGUCUCAGUAGUUGUCAACAUGUCAGGCAUACGCAUGGCGACGAUGAACCAUCUCAUUUCAAGAUUCAAAUCAGAAAUAGUCGGUUAUAUGAAUGGAAAGUUAGCGAAGCGCACUUCUCCGAUCCAUGCCCUCACUACGACUCAGAUGACGCCGGAGAAGUAGGCCUUCACUGGCAAUAUCAGAAGACUAUUCAUCUAUCGAAAUCCCCACAGAAAUCCAACCUCGAGGAUUUUAGCAGGUACAUGGAAGGCGCAGUUAUAUUCGGCCGACGAGCUAGAUCCGAACCCCUUAAAGCGUGUGGUGCAGCCAUCAGGAAAUGGAUGACUGGAUUCACCAAGAAGAGCAAAUCGCUGGAUACCGAGGUUUCGAUCGAUACCCCGUCACCUAUACAAGGUCCAAACAUUGAGAAAUCACUCUCAAAACUACCCUUGGAGAAUGAGUUAAAUCCGCUAAAAUUGAGAAAUCAAUCCCUUGGAAGUAACGAAGACGACAAAAUCAUCUCCGGAGAGUCCCAAUCUAGAACCUCAUCAUCUGACUCAAACAUCCUGACACACAAUCUUUUCCAAAAACGAGAGCCGCCGUUCAUCCCAGCCGUACCGUCACAGCCUGAAUUAGAACACUUGACUCCAAAUAGGAUGUCCGGGCAAAACAAAAACAAAUUCACAUUGUCUACCGCAUCAAAAUCUUCGUACGAGGCGACGCAAGCCACCACAUUGUCUCCUUCUGUGGCGAAUAAUGAUAUGUCUCGCGGUACUACUCCAGAGACACCAUCGCCUCGUGAGGGCCCGGGAUUUGAACCCGUAUUCAAGGGGAAGAGAUUGGCGAGUGGAGUUAAGGAUACUGAGAAAGAUUUGACGGAAUUUGGUGCGUUGCAUGAUGUAAAAGGAUAA